AUGCUACAAACACGGAUAGUCGUAGUGACUGCCCUCGCCCCGCUUGUCUUCUCACAGCAAACUACCGUCUCCGGAACGACCUACAGCGACUGCCACGAUCAUGGGACCACUGCGUACUGCUACGGACCAGAUGGCGAGGAGACUGCGUUAGCUGUCAACACGGCGUCCAUAACUUCAGCACCGGCGCCAGCUUCAGCUUCAACUACCAUUGCAGCCCAAACGACAGCAGUGACCUCCUGUCAUGCACAUGGGAGCGAUACAUUCUGCAUUAAUGGGGAAGGUCAUGAGGUGCAGAUUUCUCUGGAGGCCACUGCGACAGGCGAGACGCCGGCACAAUAUACUGAUUGCCAUUCGCACGACAGUGAGCAGUUCUGUGUAGAUCCUGAUGGCAAUGACGUCCUUGUGGUGGCAGAGGAAGCUCAUGAUGAUGGCCACGAACAUGAGGAAGAGGGACAGAGCGAGGGUCUGGACUGUCAUUUCCAUGCAGGUGUAGAACACUGUGUAGGCGCUGGAGAGUCAGAGAGCGAGUCACUGGCCGCCAGUGCUAAUUGUGCGGUGCGACAAAGGGACUACGACAUACCCUUGCGAAUUGGGACGCUAUUUGCGAUGCUGGCGACGAGCUCCAUCGCGGUCUUUCUGCCGAUGGUAUUGGAUAAGCUGCCUUUCAGAGCCAUCAACAGCGUUGUCUUUACCUCAAUUAAGCAGUUUGGUACUGGUGUGAUCAUAUCGACAGCCUUCGUUCAUCUCUAUACACACGCCUAUCUAAUGUUCACAAACCCCUGCAUCGGCACCGUCGAGUACGAGGCUACAACUUCGGCCUUCGUCAUGUCAGGCAUUUUCGUCUCAUUCCUCAUCGAGUACGCAGGUCAUCGCAUCGUUGUGGCCAGGGCUAGCAAAGACACUCCUGACCUGCCGUCAUCAACAAGUGACGGAUCCGGGGAACUGGCCACCCACGCAUCACGAGUUCCCAAAGAGGGAUCGCCUGCCAGCAAUGGAGGUCUAGCUGCCCUCGGCCACCAUCAUGGCAACCCCUUCUCCCCAACAAACCCAAAUUCAAAACUGUCUGUCAUGGUCAUGGAAGCCGGCGUGCUCUUCCACAGCAUCCUAAUCGGCGUCACCCUCGUUGUGGCGGGCGACAGCUUUUACCGCACGCUACUGGUAGUCAUCAUCUUCCACCAGAUGUUCGAAGGUCUCGCACUCGGUGCUCGUAUCGCGCUCAUUCGAAACACCUCUCUCUGGCCGACGAAUUUUGUAAUGGGCCUUGCGUUCGCGCUUAUCACGCCGUUGGGAAUGGCGAUUGGGAUUGGUGUGCUGAAUCAGUUCAAUGGUAAUGAUCCUACGACGCUGUGGGUGAUAGGUGUGUUGGAUGCCGUAAGUGCUGGGAUCUUGAUUUGGGUGGGAUUGGUGGACAUGUGGGCGAGAGACUGGGUGGUGGAAGGCGGUGAUAUGGUUGAUGCUGGGCUGGGGAAGACCGGAGUGGGUAUGUUUAGUUUGGUCAGUGGGAUGGUUGUCAUGAGCGUGUUGGGUAAAUGGGCGUAA